AAGUGAAAUGAAACUAGUUUUUUUAUUUGGAUUCAUCCUUGGCUCUCUCAUGCAGUCUCAUGCUUUUGGAUUUCAAAAACUAUUUAAUGAUCCCGAAUGGAGAGAAUAUAAAGCAAAGUUUGGAAAAACUUACAAAAGUAAUAUCGAAGAGGCUCCAAGUUACCUGAAUUGGAAAAAUAAUCUUAAAGAGGUUGAAAGACAUAACUCUAAAAAGCAUUCUUUUAAGAAAGGAAUAAACCAGUUUUCUGACAUGUCUCAUGAAGAAUUUAGAAAAAUGUAUGGAGGAUGUUUUAAACUUUCAAAGAAAAAUGUCACUAAAGGUUCUAUAUUUCUUUCACCAAGUAAUGUUGUUAUACCAGAUUCUGUAGAUUGGAGAACUGAGGGCUACGUUACUCGGGUCAAAAAUCAAGGGCAGUGUGGAUCGUGUUGGGCAUUCAGCUCUACUGGAGCCUUGGAAGGACAAACAUUUCGAAAAACAGGCGUUCUUCAAGAAAUAAGCGAACAAAACUUGGUUGACUGUACACAAUCUUAUGGUAACGAAGCUUGUAAUGGCGGAUGGAUGGAUAAUGCGUUUACGUACAUUAAAGAUAAUAAAGGUAUUGAUAGUGAAGUUGGGUAUCCAUACUACGCAAGGGCACUAGGGUACUGUUAUUACAAUCAGCAAUACAAUGUAGCAUCUGAUACAGGUUUUGUUGACAUACCCUCCGGAGAUGAGAAUGCACUUAAAGUAGCUGUUGCUACUGUUGGACCAAUAUCCGUUGCUAUAGAUGCAACAAAAGCUUCUUUUAUGAGUUAUCAAUCAGGAGUUUACAACGAACCAACUUGUGGCAACGGCAUAGAGAAUCUUGACCACGCUGUUUUAGUUGUCGGUUAUGGUACUGAAGAAGGCCGCGAUUUUUGGAUUGUAAAAAACAGUUGGGACACAACUUGGGGAGAUCAAGGUUAUAUUAAAAUGUCAAGAAACAUGUCUAAUCAAUGUGGAAUUGCAACAAAAGCCAGUUAUCCAAUUGUCUAAUUUUUCAAUUUAACAAAGCAAUGAAUGAUUUCAGAUUUUUAUUGUAAAGUUAAUAAUUAAAAGUAUAAUAUAUUAAAAAUUUAUUUUAAAA